AUGGCAACUGUGCCCAGGAGAAAGCUGAAGGACAAAGUGCCUUUAAUAAAUCUUGCCUUGCACCCACUUUGCCUGGUGUUGUGCUUAUCUUGCCGGAAAAACUUUACAUUUGGUGCCGAAACCAGGAAGGAGAUUGAGCCCCCACCCCAGUGGGGAGGCUCUCUCCUUUCCCUAGCCAGACCGGACCCGCCUUUCCUAACGCCACUUCUGAAGCCGUGGCUGGAUCAAGGCAUACCCCACGGCCCGGGAAACUGCGGACGUGGUGGCUACAAUACUCAUCGAGCACAUCAUCCCGAGGUUCGGAUUGCCCCGGACUCUCCAGUCGGACAACGGACCCGCCUUCAUCUCCAGUGUAACCCAACAGCCCUGAAUGAUGACAUGGAACGGAUUGCUGACUCCCUCACAGCCCUACAGACACAAGUUACUAGCCUGGCGGCCUUAGCCCUGCAGAACCGACGGGCCUUAGACCUUCUGACCGCCGAAAAGGGGGGGACCUGCCUAUACUUAAAUGAAGAAUGUUGUUACUUUGUUAACCAAUCAGGUAUAGUUACCUCCAGGAUUAAAGAACUCAAGGAUUGGAUUCAAGCACGGUGGCGAGACACGUCUUUCUGGGGCCUGGACCCCUACACCUGGGGUAACCUGGCUGCUCCCUUUGGCGGGACCUGUAUGCAUAAUCCUCCUUCUAGUCUCAGUUGCUCCCUGUCUUUUCCGAUGCUUGCAGGGUCGCCUACAAGAACUUGCCCGAGUGUCCGUCAAUCCACUCCUCCUCCAGCCCUACUCUCACCUGCCCACUUCUGA